UCCAAGGAGCCUGAUGCCUGCGACCGAUUAGGGCAGGCCCCGACUGCCUCUGAGGCCAUGAUCGGCCAUCUUGGAUGCUGUCAAUAGAGCCCCUUGCUGGUUUCAUUGAUCGAUUCGGCGUGAGUAGGCCGGUUCUGUUCAGAUGCCUGAUGAGAAAGGAAGAUAGAUGCCUUCAAUGCUGAGUUUUUCCAUCCUCCUUGUCAUCCUCUGUUGGAAGGAAGAAAGGACCAGUUAAACCACAGCUUCCCAGGCUCUGCUGCGUCUGCAUGAGAUAUGCAUACCACACCCGUCUCGCUGCACACCAGCCAUCCCCUGCUGAAGACACCCAUGGGGAAGCAGAAAAGUGAUGUCUGAAACCAUUAGACAGAAUCUGAUCCCAGGGUGGGUCAGGAUAGGAUUACAAGAGCCACUAACAUUCAGGGUCCUACUUAAACUCUCCAAAUCCAGGUGAAACCACGCUGCAACUGUCAUGCCAACACUUAAACUCUGUAUAUUGCGAGCCACCAUCACAUCAGAGAAGAUGCACCAAGCACAAGACUAAGAGUGCAUAGGAUCCAAAGAGAGUAAGCUGGGAGUAUUAAAGCAGAAUGGAACCAAAUUCGUCCACUGCAGUUGGUGGUUACACUAGGGUCUGAAUUUGGCCCAGUGCAUUUAACCACGUUCACCAUGUUCCUGUGUUACAGUUUUAAAAUAUUUUAUAUGAUUUGGAUCCUGUGUGAUUUUAAACUUGUAGAUUUUGAGGUGCCUGGAAUGCUGUGACAGGUGGCCCAAUGAUCCUGUUUUCCCCCAACCUUUAACCCUUCCAUUAUUAUUAAAGCCCUACACUACAGUGAUCUCCCUUCAGGCAUGGGUUGGGGCACUGGAUGGGACAACUUUUGGAAGCUACAAGUGCUGCUCCUUCAUUUAAUUAGAGACACUUCCAGAAUCUACACUCCUAGGGGCUUGAUCCUGCAAGUAGCACAGUAUCUCCUGGAGAUACCGAAUGCAGUCAACCCAUUAAAGUCCAUUUAAGUUGAGGGCACUCUGCAGAUUGGAGGAUUGGCAUAUAAAGAGAGAGGGUCUGAUCCCUUUGGCAACAGGAGCUGGAUUAGACCGUAAAACCUGGACUGGAGGUCAAAUCCUGGAGCUAGUGUUCCAUGUGCUACUGCUGUUGAAAAGACAUGCCGGACCAGAGCACCCAGAGUGAGGCGCACCUCUUCGCUGGAUACCAUCCUUGGAUCGUACCUCGUAGGACAGUGGCCACGGGAUGCUGAUGGAGCUUUUGCUUCGUGCAUGAAUGACAAAGCUACCCAGGAGGCCUUAUCCCCUGCCUUGAAGACAGUAAAUUUGGUGGGUGCAGUCCUAAAUAAUCUCUCUCCCCUUCAGACUCCAACAUCCUGGCACGAAGUGGAAGUCGGGAAGGCCAGUGCCAGUACUCAUAAGCGUUCUGCAUCUUGGGGUAGCACGGAUCACCGCAGAGAGAUUGCUAAACUGAAGCAGCAGCUCCAGCGAACUAAGCUAAGUGGCAGAGAGAAGGACCGGAGCUCCCCACUUCAGGGGGAUCACGCUGUCCUUGGAUCAGUCAGGGACUCCCCUCCUGGACUCCCUCCUGCUUCUCCUGUUUUGAGGCUCAGCCCCUGCUUACAUAGGAGCCUGGAAGGACUAAACCAGGAGCUGGAGGAGGUGUUUGUGAAGGAACAAGGAGAUGAGGAGCUUCUCAGGAUUCUGGAUGUUCCAGAUGGCCACAGGGCACCAGCCCCUCCCCAGAGAGGCUCUGAGGAUCUUUUGCUGCUGACUCUGGAACCCAGCAGUAGCAGCUGCAGCAGCCUUUCUCUUUCCCCAUCCCCUUCUGUGCCUCUCCGAUCUUCUCCGCACACCCCUGCAAGAGCAGCUACAGAGGAGCUUUCUUCUGCCCUGGAGGAGCCACUGCCUGACCCUAAGGAGAAAGAAUCUUCUCAAAAAAGUCUUCCUUCCCUGCUAGAGGAUGGUAGCCCCUCUCCAGUCCUGGCCUUUGCCUCAUCUCCUCGACCUAACCACAGCUACAUGUUUAAACGGGAGCCUCCCGAAGGAUGUGAAAAAGUCCGGGCCUUUGAAGAGGCUUUAUCCCCCAGCCCUGAUCAGAAUUUUCUGCCCUCCUGUCCUGAUAAGAACAAAGUCCACUUCAACCCAACAGGCUCUGCCUUUUGUCCGGUCAGUCUGGUAAAGCCUCUCUUUCCAAACAUGGGAUUCCUGUUCAGAAGCUUCCCUACUACCCCAAGCCCCGUGCCACCAGGCACGUUCACCUCCUGCCAGUCCACUGCCCCAGGCCCAUUCCUUGGGUCGCGGAAAGAGUCCGCAGCAGAUGGCUUUAGUGAGGUCUCCAAAUCACCUCCACUGAACUUUGAACACUGGAAGCGCACCCAGACAGAAGAGAGUGUCCUCUUCCAUAGCUCUCUUGUGGUCUGAGGCCUUUGGGAGACCCGGCACAGCAAAGCAUCUGUGGUUCUUCAGUGCAUCUUAAACAGCCUGUGGUGCCUUGAAGUUGGGACUUGAGGAUUAGAUGGGCAGCCCUGGGAUUGAAGACCACAGCAAGUUUCCUCCAGAACGAUGGUGAAAACUGUUAAGUACAAUGUGCCAAAGGACUCUUGCUGCUGGAGUGGUUCCUUUCUUCGAGCCCCCCAGUACUUAAAGCACUUUCCUCUCCUGUGUUGAAAUGUAUUUUUUCCUGUAUGAUUGUUUUGCUGUCAAAGAGCAGCUGGGACUCUGCUGCUGGUGAGCAGCAUGGAAAUUCAAGCGCUCUGGCUCUGUAAAUGAAAUUCCUUGCUACAGGUAUUCAGGGGACAGGGAGUUUCCUAGCACUUCUCAUCCCCACAGUUGUCACAUGGAUUUCCUGCACCCGGGGGGCGGGGGGAGGCCAGUAUCUUGGAGAAGCUGGUAGAACCUGGCUUAGCUGAUUUCAGCUAUCUGAAUGUAUUGGGCAGAAUUUGACAAUGCAUCUGCACUCUAUCAAAGGCAGCUUGAGUCACUUAGAGCACCCAAAAUACAGGAGAGAGAGACGUGAGGGGUUUGGAAGUGAACUGUAGACAGUUCCACUACUGGAUAUCCGAGCCCUUUGAAAUAGCCACUUAGAGCUUUCAGGAGCCUCUUGGAAUGCCUAGCUGUACAAGGAUCGAGAAUGCAGAUCAGAUACCUGCCAGUGCACCUUCAGGGACCUCUGUUUGCGUAAGACCUGUACUCUGGGACGCUUCUUACGUGACGAAGGAUUAAUAAGGAGAGAUGUGCUGCUGUGGAGCUGUCUGCAUGGCUUGGUAGGUAGCGGAGGGCCUCUCAGACCCCCACAACAGCCUUUUUUCAGGGGAAGGAAAUGGAAAUCAAAGUCCGAGCAGCAUACAAAAGGUUUCCAUGGAAUUUAUGAAGGUUGCUGCUAGUAGAGAUGUUACAUGCUGCUUUCCAACCAGAUGCUGUGGACAGCCUGACUGGCUCUGGUAUUGUUUGCAUGUGCAGGAGUGGAGUUGGGGAUCCAGAACCAUUUUGUCUCACUGCAGAAAAACUUUAUGCACAGACAUAAGAUCAUCAUACCUGGGCUGGAGUCUGAGAUCCUGUUAGACCCAGUGAUGCUUAUCCCAGCACAAAGCCUUAUAAGGUGAAACUAUAACAUGGGGAAUUCUGAUUGUAAUGCCUCUUGAAAAUGAAAGUAUUUGAUUUGUGUUCUGUUGCUAAGGCUCUGGGUUGUAUUGAAGAAGCCUAUUUUCUUGUAUCUGAUGUAGAAACUCUAUUUUCUUCCAAAGACACUAUUUUUGCAGCUGUUUGAAGUUUGUAUUUUAUGUAUGUAUUGCAAAGCUUAAAGGAGGAAUGUUAGCCUUGGA